UCUCUCUCCAAGCCUUUACCCCCUCCCUCAGUCCCCCCAGGGGAAGUUGCUGGGGGGGGGAGCGCUGGCUGGGGGAGAGGCUGGGCCCUGGUGGGGUGUGUGUCGCUCCCCGCCGCUCUCUCUGGCACAGCGCUCCCCCCACGCGUGUCUCUGCCCUGCGUGCGUGGGCGAUUCCCCCCCCCCACCCGGCGGCGCUUUGCAGACGCUCCCUGGCUCUGCCAGGGGAGGGGGGGGCUGGCUUUGCAGCCCGGUUGCUGGGGGUUCGCGUGCAGAUCUGGGGCUGGCUGGCGGGCGGCGCAGGACGGGUUUGGAGCUGGGCUGCCGCACGGCCCGUCUCAGCGUCCCCGUGCGGCAGCCAGGGGCCCGCCAGGCCGGGGCGCCGGGACGGAAGGAAAAUGACUGAGAGGAAUAACCGGAGGCGGACGAUGAAGAAGGACGAUGAGGCCUACGAGAUCUCCAUCCCCUUCGAGGAGACGCCCCACCUAGAGCCCCAGAUCUUCUACAGCCUCAGCCCCCCCCAGAGCAACUUCGAAGAGCUGCCGGAGCCGCCCCCGCCCGCCCUGGCGCUGAUGAGCAGCAUGAAGACCCAGCUGCACAUGGCCCUGGAGCGCAACUCCUGGCUGCAGAAGCGCAUCGAGGACCUGGAGGAGGAGCGGGAUUUUCUGCGCUGCCAGCUCGACAAGUUCAUCUCCUCCACCAAGGUGGACGCCGAUCACUGCCGCAGCAAGCAGCCUCCGCGGCGGGCGGAGGCGGCCGAGAGCCGGCCCGGCGAGGCCACGGACAACGAAAGCCUGGCGUCCUCGCUCAGCGCCGCCUCGGAGCAGGGCGGCUCUGCCGAGCGCAAGAAGCAGAAGCAGAAGGGGGGGGUGAGCCGGCGGCGCUUCGGCAAGCCCAAGGCCCGCGAGCGCCAGCGAGUCAAGGACGCCGACGGGGUGUUGUGCCGCUACAAGAAGAUCCUCAACACCUUCCAGAAGCUGAAGAGCAUGAGCCGGGCCUUCGAGCACCACCGGGUGGAUCGCAACACGGUGGCUCUGACCACGCCCAUCGCCGAGCUGCUCAUUGUGGCGCCCGAGAAGCUGGCGGAGGUGGGCGAGUUCGACCCAUCCAAGGAGCGGCUGCUGGAGUACUCGCGCCGCUGCUUCCUGGCACUGGACGACGAGACCCUCAAGAAGGUGCAGGCCCUCAAGAAGAGCAAGCUGCUGCUGCCCAUCACCUACCGCUUCAAGCGGUGAUGGGGCCCCCUGCUGCCCCCCCACCCCGGGACCCGUUACCCCGCAAACCGCCCUAUCCCACUGCCGACACCAGCGCUGCUCCCUGGGAUGCCCUCAAGCCACCCUAUCCCACCGCUGGUACCAACACUGCCCUGGGACUCCUUCAAACCGUCCUAUCCCACUGCUGACACCAGCGCUGCCCCCUGGGACGCCCUCAAGCCACCCUAUCGCACCGCUGACACCAACACUGCCCUGGGACUCCCUCAAACUGUCCUAUCCCACUACUACCACCGAUGCCGCCCCCAUCCCCUGGGAUCUGUGAUCCCGUGAAUUGGCCUAUUCCCACGCUGUCCCCCAAGAUUCCCCUGAACUGGCCUGUCUCACCAAUGCUGUCCCCACCCCUCAGGAUCUGUCACCCCACGAACCUGCCUAUCACACUGCUAACACCAAACACUGCCCCCUGAGACUCUCUCGAACCAUCCUAUCCCACCGCUAACACCAACGCCGCCCCACCCCGGGGCCCCUUGAAGCACCCUAUCCCAUGGCUGACACAAAUACGUACCCAAUCCCUGCUGCCCAUCACCUCAGGCAGUGAUGGGAUCCCCUCCCCCCCCAAACACACUACUGCCCCCGGGACACCUCCUCCCACUGCUACCACAAAUAUUGCCCCCCAGAUCACCUCUUGCUUCAAGCAAUGAUGGGACUAAGGCUCUGUCCCGCACCUAUCACUUCUGGGAGUAAUGUGACAUCCCACCCCCACCGCAUGUGAUCCCACUUCUGGCUCCAUCACCCCGGUACCAUCCCCCUGGCACUGCCACCCACCCGCUAUUGCUUAAAACAAUGGUGGGACCCUGCCCUGCUCCAACAGGCCCCCCGCUACCAUCAACCGCCUCACUUCGUCCCAUUCCUCUGCCAGUCCCCUCUCCGUGUGGUCUGCAGCCACCCCUUGGUGAAUCUCUCCACCCCAACGCGUGUUGAAUGGCUUUGUUCCUCCCUCUUUCUGUGCACACCACCUGCUGGUCUCAGCACAGCUGGGGAGCCAGGACACCUGGGUUCUCUCCCCGGCUCUGGGACGGGAGCAGAGUCUAGUGGUUAGAGCGGGCGGGCUGGAGGGCCAGGAUGCCUGGGUUCCAUUUGACCUCUCUGGGGCCUUGGGGAAAUUCCAUUUUUCCUCCCCACUGGCAGAGCGGGGAUCCCGCCCCUUUCCUGGGGCUGAGUGAGUCAUGGGGCACUCAGUUCUGGGAGGGGGCUGUGCCUCCCGCCCUGUCCCAGGCCUGCCCAUGGGAGCAGCUGAGCUGCUGGGCCAUUGCGGAGGUUGGCAUCGGGGCAUGGCUCUGAGAGGCCCAUUCCCACACCCCCGUCCUGGGGUAGGAGAGCUGUGAUAGCAGGGGCUGGGCUGGGGCUAGCCGGGGGGCUUGCGCAAGGGGCCGUGAGCUGGGUGCUCUCUUGUGGCUCAAGGGGUUCUGGUGACAUGGGUGGGGUGGGGCUGGCUGGAGCAGACUCCAGGAGUCGGGUCAGGUAGGAAAACGCCCGGCUCUCCUGCCCGUGAGGUGGGUCUGGCUGUGUUCUGGGAAUGGGCCACGGGAGGGGGGCGGGGCUGGCCCCACGGGCGGGAGCUGGCACUGGAGGAAGGGAUGGGGUCAGGUUGGGAAACAAUUUGACCCUCUUGGACUCGGGUCCACUUCAGGCCUAAAAAUUAGGCCUGAGCAGACCUCUAUGACUCAGCAGGGUGGGGGAUGGGACAUGGGGCCUUUCCCCUCUAGGGGGCGCCAGCUCCCAUCCGGCCCCAGGGCAGGGACUGACCGGCUCGGGGGGGCAGGGAAUGGGGCACGGGGCCUUUCCCCUCUAGGGGGCGCCAGCUCUGAUCAUGACCCAGCUUGUCAAUUUCACCCCAGGUUCUACAGUGCUGUUAAAUUUAUGGGGGGGGAGGGGUAGAGCCGAGCUGAUUGGCCGAACAGGCUGCAGGGGGCUGUGCUGAUUGGCCAAUAGCUGCCCUGGCUACGUCUCCAACUUGGGGUCCGGAUUCUGGACCCAACCUGCCUGCCUUGCCCUGAGCUCCCCCCUUUGAUCCGUUCCAUGUACAGAUCCCCCCCCGCAUAUCCCAUAUUGCUUAGAGACCAAACCUGACCCCCAUGCUCCCCAUCCCCCCCCCGCCCUGCUCCAUUGCCUGCAGACACCACCCUCCCCUCAGCAGGGCGGGGGCACCCCGUAUGCCGAGGGCAAUCUGGGGUUCCUACUCCGUCUGCCCCUGCCUGGCACCAAUGGAAGCGCCAGAUCGGGUCCCCCAUCCCGCCCCUCUCACGAGGGUUGUCAUUGAUUCACUUCGCUCCCUGUCUUGGGGGGUGAUUUCCCCGCCCCUCACUGCGGCCCUGAGCCACCAGGUCUGUAUGUGUGCAAGGAGCUGUACACGGCAGCGUGGCCGGGACAUCCCUUUUUAUUCAGUGUAACAAACUCUCUUCUCCACUGUGCCUGUUCUUUCAUGCCCUCUCUCUCUAUGUUUAAAAAAAAAAAGAGAAAAGAAAAAAAAAUCUACAAAAAAAAAUCAAUUUAUUAAUAGAAUUUAAAUUAAAAAAAAGAAGAACAUUUGGAAUAAAUC